CCCUUAAAGAUUGAGACGGUUUAAUCGUUGACUUCUAAGGCGGUGGCGUCGGCAGCAAUUGCAACGUCAGCAAAAUGACAACCGACAUCUCGGUGCAACGUACGGGUUGGGACCCGACGCUCCAACAAGAGAUCGUCGAUGAGUAUGAAUAUGAUGGGGGCAACUCCAGCUCAAGGCUCUUUGAACGAUCGCGCAUCAAGGCUCUCGCAGGUGAACGUGAGUUGGUACAGAAGAAAACUUUUCAAAAAUGGGUAAAUUCUCACUUGGUACGUUGCUCAGCACGCAUCGGUGAUCUUUACGUUGAUCUACGCGAUGGUAAGAUGCUGACGAAACUUCUCGAAAUAUUAUCUGGCGAACGAUUGCCCCGGCCUACUAAGGGUAAAAUGCGCAUUCACUGUUUGGAAAAUGUCGACAAGGCUUUGUACUUCUUACGUGAGCAACGAGUCCAUUUGGAAAAUAUGGGCUCACAUGACAUUGUGGAUGGAAAUCCACGAUUAACCUUAGGUCUUAUCUGGACGAUAAUCCUGCGCUUCCAGAUUCAAGAUAUUACUAUUGAGGAAACGGAUAAUCAGGAGACGAAGAGUGCUAAAGAUGCACUAUUACUUUGGUGUCAGAUGAAAACUGCUGGUUAUCACAAUGUUAAUGUAAGGAAUUUCACGACUUCUUGGAGAGAUGGACUGGCUUUCAAUGCAAUUAUACACAAGCAUAGGCCAGAUCUUAUACAAUUUGAUAAAUUAUCUAAGUCUAAUGCUAUUUAUAAUUUGAAUAAUGCUUUUAAUGUGGCUGAAGAUAAGUUAGGAUUAACUAAAUUAUUGGAUGCUGAAGAUAUUUUUGUGGAUCAUCCUGAUGAAAAAUCCAUCAUAACGUAUGUUGUAACUUACUACCAUUACUUCUCGAAAAUGAAACAAGAAACCGUGCAAGGUAAGAGAAUAGGUAAAGUUGUUGGUAUUGCGAUGGAAAAUGAUCGUAUGAUCCGUGAGUAUGAAAGCUUAACGAGCGAUUUACUGAAGUGGAUCGAAUCAACAAUAACUGCCCUGGGUGAUCGGCAAUUUGCUAAUUCUCUUUUGGGCGUUCAAUCUCAACUCUCCCAAUUUUCAAAUUAUCGUACUGUUGAAAAGCCACCCAAGUUUGUAGAAAAGGGUAACCUGGAGGUGUUAUUAUUCACACUACAAUCUAAGAUGCGCGCCAACAAUCAAAAACCUUACACUCCUAAAGAAGGCAAGAUGAUAUCUGAUAUCAACAAGGCUUGGGAAAGACUUGAAAAAGCUGAACACGAAAGGGAACUAGCUCUUAGAGAGGAGUUAAUUAGACAGGAAAAGCUUGAUCAACUAGCAGCUAGAUUUAAUAGGAAAGCCAGCAUGAGAGAAACCUGGUUAUCAGAAAACCAACGACUCGUUUCACAAGAUAACUUUGGAUUUGACUUAGCAGCUGUUGAAGCUGCUGCAAAGAAACAUGAAGCUAUCGAAACCGAUAUCUUUGCAUACGAAGAACGUGUGCAGGCUGUUAUGGCCGUUUCUCAGGAACUCGAAGCCGAGAAUUAUCAUGAUAUUGAACGCAUAAAUGCGCGCAAAGACAAUGUUCUACGUCUUUGGAACUAUUUACUCGAACUUUUACGUGCCCGCAGAUCACGAUUAGAAUUAUCACUUCAAUUACAACAAAAUUUCCAGGAGAUGUUAUACAUUUUGGAUAGUAUGGAAGAAAUUAAGUUGAGAUUGUUGACCGACGACUAUGGUAAACACCUCAUGGGUGUGGAAGAUUUAUUACAGAAGCACUCGUUGGUAGAGGCAGACAUCAAUGUGUUGGGUGAAAGAGUGAAGGCGGUAGUUCAACAGAGUCAAAGAUUUCUUGAACAGGACGAGGGCUAUAGACCAUGUGACCCCACAAUCAUCGUUGAGCGAGUACAACAACUCGAGGACGCUUAUUCGGAACUAGUGCGUUUAGCUGUCGAGCGUCGCGCGCGCCUUGAAGAGUCACGUAAACUGUGGCAAUUCUAUUGGGAUAUGGCUGAUGAAGAGAAUUGGAUCAAGGAGAAGGAACAGAUUGUGUCUACAGGUGACAUUGGCCACGACCUUACAACCAUCAAUCUCUUGCUCUCGAAGCAUAAGGCAUUAGAGCACGAAAUACAGUCACACGAUCCUCAGCUCAUGUCGGUUGUAUCAGUUGGAGAUGAAUUAGUUCGUCAACAACAUUUUGGAUCGGAUAGAAUUCAAGAAAGACUACAAGAAAUUUUGACAAUGUGGAAUCAUUUAUUGGAUUUGGCAGCAUUUAGGAGAAAGAGGCUUGAAGAAGCAGUAGACUAUCAUCAAUUAUUCGCUGAUGCUGACGAUAUUGAUGUAUGGAUGUUAGAUACAAGAAAAUUAGUAACUUCUGAAGAUGUUGGAAGAGAUGAGGCAAAUGUGCAAUCUUUAUUAAAGAAACAUAAAGACGUUACGGACGAACUUAAAAAUUAUGCUACAACAAUAGAACAAUUGCAUCAGCAAUUAGGACAACUUGGAGAACAAGAUGCGAAAUCUCCAGAGGUUGUCGAUAGGUUGGCAAAAAUUGAUGCCAGCUACAAGGAACUUCUGGAACUAGCUAAAUUAAGAAAACAAAGGUUAUUAGAUGCUCUAUCUCUCUAUAAGUUGUUUAGUGAAGCCGAUGGUGUAGAACAAUGGAUUGGUGAAAAGAACAGGAUGUUGGAUACAAUGGUACCUGCCAAAGAUAUUGAAGAUGUAGAAAUAAUGAAGCAUCGAUACGAUGGCUUUGAAAAAGAGAUGAAUGCUAAUGCUUCGCGCGUUGCCGUUGUAAACCAAUUAGCGAGACAAUUAUUGCACGUUGAGCAUCCAAACUCUAAGCAAAUAGUUCAACGUCAAAAUGAGUUAAAUCAAAAGUGGGCAGAAUUACGAGAAAAAGCAGAAUCGAAACGUGAGGCACUUAAUUCAGCUCAUGGUGUACAAACCUUCCAUAUCGAAUGUCGAGAGACCGUCUCCUGGAUUGAAGAUAAAAAACGUAUACUUCAAGAGACUGACAGUCUUGAAAUGGAUCUCACUGGAGUUAUGACGUUACAGCGUCGGCUUAGUGGCAUGGAACGUGACUUGGCGGCAAUUCAAGCCAAGCUCGACGCUCUCGAAAAAGAAGCACAGCUUAUCGAGCAAGAUCAUCCUGAGGAGGCAGCAGUCAUCAGGGAGAGGAUCACUCAAAUACAUACAAUUUGGGAACAGCUUACGCAGAUGCUCAAGGAAAGGGAUGCUAAAUUGGAAGAGGCUGGAGAUCUACAUCGCUUCUUGCGUGACCUCGAUCAUUUCCAGGCUUGGUUGACAAAAACACAAACCGAUGUAGCAAGUGAAGACGAACCGACCAGCUUGGCCGAUGCAGAGAAGUUAUUAACUCAACAUCAAAAUAUUAAGGAAGAGAUCGACAACUACACGGAUGAUUAUCAGAAAAUGAUGGAAUACGGAGAAAAACUAACCACUGAAGCUGGGGAUGGUGAUACUCAGUACAUGUUUUUGCGCGAGAGAUUAAACGCUUUGAAAAUGGGUUGGGAAGAGUUACAUCAGAUGUGGGCUAAUCGUCAGAAUCUACUCUCCAAUUCACUCAAUUUCCAGGUCUUUGAUCGAGAUGCGCGACAGGCAGAGGUUCUUCUAUCUCAACAAGAACACCAACUUGUAAAGGAUGAAAGUCCAAGCAAUUUUGAACAAGCAGAAAAUAUGAUUAAGCGCCACGAGGCUUUCAUGACGACUAUGGAUGCAAACGAUGAAAAGAUUAAUUCAGUUGUACAGUUCGCGGCGCGACUCGUUGAUGAUGGUCACUUUGCUGCCGAUAAGAUUAAACGUAAAGCAGAAUCCAUAAACGAACGUCGUAAUGCCAAUCGCGAAAAAGCCCAGCAGCUCAUGGAUAAAUUGCGCGAUCAACAGCAGUUACAGCUAUUUUUGCAAGAUUGUGAAGAGUUGGGUGAAUGGAUACAGGAGAAGCAUAUAGUUGCUCAAGAUGAGACAUACCGCAGUGCUAAAACCGUGCAUAGCAAGUGGACGAGACAUCAAGCAUUUGAGGCAGAAAUCGCCAGCAACAAAGAUAGAUUGCAGCAACUGCAAGCUGCAGCCGAUGAGCUGGUUCAGCAAAAGCCUGAAUUAACUGAAAUCAUUCAGCCGAAGGUUGUUGAACUUGCUGAUCAAUUCGAAGAACUUGAAACGACUACUCAUGACAAAGGCGAGAGACUUUUUGAUGCUAACCGUGAAGUUCUCAUUCAUCAGACUUGUGACGACAUUGAUUCUUGGAUGAAUGAAUUAGAAAAGCAAAUCGAGAGCACAGAUACGGGUUCAGAUUUAGCUUCUGUUAAUAUUCUUAUGCAGAAGCAACAAAUGAUUGAGACUCAAAUGGCUGUAAAAGCUCGUCAGGUAACAGAACUCGAUAAACAAGCCGAGCAUCUUCAGCGCACUGUGCCAGAUGAUAAAAUGGAAGAAAUUAAAUGCAAAAAGGAAAAGGUUGCUCAACGCUUUGCACAACUUAAAGCACCGCUUAUCGACCGCCAGCGUCAUUUAGAAAAAAAGAAGGAGGCCUUUCAAUUUAGGCGCGAUAUUGAGGAUGAAAAACUUUGGAUUGCAGAAAAAAUGCCACAAGCGACUAGUAAAGAGUAUGGAAAUUCGCUGUUCAAUGUGCAUAUGUUAAAGAAGAAAAACCAAUCAUUGAGCACGGAAAUCGAUAAUCACGAACCACGUAUCAAUCUUGUCUGUAACAACGGUCAAAAGCUUAUUAAUGAAGGUCAUGAAGCAACUCCGGAAUUUGAACGACUCAUUUCGGAAUUAAAUGAGAAAUGGAAAGAACUAAAGGAUGCUGUAGAUGAAAGGAACGGACAUUUGGCACAAAACGAAAAAGCUCAACAGUAUUUCUUUGAUGCAACUGAAGCAGAGUCAUGGAUGAGCGAGCAGGAAUUGUAUAUGAUGGUUGAAGAUAGGGGUAAAGAUGAAAUUUCUGCACAAAAUUUAAUGAAGAAGCAUGAAAGUUUAGAACAUGCUGUUGAAGAUUAUGCUGAUACAAUCAGACAACUUGGCGAAACUUCAAGACAACUUAUCAGCGACCAACAUCCUCUCGCAGAUCAAAUUGCUGUUAAGCAGUCUCAGGUUGAUAAGUUAUAUGCUGGUUUGAAAGAUUUGGCUGGUGAGCGCCGAGCAAAAUUAGACGAAGCACUUCAAUUAUUCAUGUUGAAUCGUGAAGUGGAUGAUUUAGAACAGUGGAUUGGUGAGCGUGAAGUUGUUGCAGGUAGUCACGAGCUAGGUCAAGAUUAUGACCACGUAACUCUAUUAUGGGAGAGAUUCAAAGAAUUUGCUCGCGAUACAGAGGCCAUAGGAUCCGAAAGAGUGGCUGCUGUAAAUGGUAUUGCUGACUCACUCAUUAAUACUGGCCAUUCUGACGCCGCUACUAUAGCAGAAUGGAAAGAUGGACUAAACGAGGUUUGGCAAGACUUAUUAGAGUUGAUCGAGACACGUACCCAGAUGCUUGCCGCUAGUCGUGAACUUCACAAAUUUUUCCAUGACUGUAAAGAUGUACUUGGACGUAUCCUCGAGAAACAAAAUGCUAUGUCAGAUGAACUUGGUAGAGAUGCCGGCUCGGUUUCCGCUCUUCAGCGCAAGCAUGGCAAUUUUAUUCAAGAUUUAUCAACUCUUCAAAGUCAGGUAUCUCAGAUUCAAGAAGAAUCUGCAAAGUUGCAGGCGAGCUAUGCAGGUGAUAAGGCACGCGAAAUUACAAAUCGCGAGGCUGAGGUUGUCGCCGCUUGGAAUAAUUUGCAGUCACUCUGCGAAGCGCGUAAGAAUAAACUUGAGGAUACCGGGGAUUUAUUCAGAUUCUUCAAUAUGGUUAGAACAUUAAUGAUUUGGAUGGAUGAUGUUGUUAGGCAAAUGAAUACUAGUGAAAAACCAAGGGAUGUUAGUGGAGUGGAAUUGUUAAUGAAUAAUCAUCAGAGUCUGAAGGCUGAGAUUGAUACAAGAGAGGAUAAUCUUUUAAGUUGCAUUAACUUAGGCAAGGAUUUAUUGGCUAGAAAUCAUUAUGCUAGUUCACAAAUUAAAGAAAAACUUACAGCUCUUACGGAUCACAGAAAUGCUCUAUUACUUCGCUGGGAAGAACGUUGGGAGAAUCUUCAGCUUAUAUUGGAAGUAUAUCAAUUCGCAAGAGAUGCUGCUGUUGCAGAAGCUUGGCUGAUUGCUCAAGAACCGUACCUUAUGAGUCAAGAACUUGGACACACAAUUGAUGAAGUUGAAAAUCUAAUGAAGAAGCAUGAAGCCUUUGAAAAAUCGGCUGCUGCACAAGAAGAAAGAUUCAGUGCUUUACAACGUCUAACAACGUUUGAACUGAGAGAAUUAAAAAGAAGAGAGCAGGAGAGGGAAGAAGAGGAAAGACGGAAGAAAGAGGAAGCAGCAGCUGCCGAAGCUGCCAGAUUGGCUAAAGCCACUCCAGUUGCUAGUCCAGAUGAACCGUCCGGUGAACGAAUGGAAGCCGAUGGUGUUCCAAGCAGAGAUCGCGACGAUGAUCAUGCGGCACAACGUAAAACUUCUGCGCGAACUUCGCAAGCUCAAGAAAAGCCCAAGGAAGUGCAUGCUCAAAAGAGCGAAUCGAGACAAGUCUUGACUGAGAAACCCAUAAUACGAUCACCAUCCUCUUCGAAACAUCGAACUACGCCUCCCAUUCUUACAAGUAAGUUGCCGAAGGGAGGCUCAGAAUCGGGUACAUUAAGGCGCAAGGACCGAAGUCGCAGCAAGUCACCUUUCAGAAGCUUCCGCUGGAAGAAAACCGCUAAAUCACCAAGUCUUGAUCGCAGUGGUGCAAGCGACGACGAAUAUGAAGCACGAAGUCCGAGUGAUGAUGAAUUCGAAGGUGUUUUGGCACGUAAACACGAAUGGGAGAGUACAACUAAAAAAGCGUCCAAUCGAUCCUGGGAUAAACUUUACAUGGUCGUAAGGAGUCAAACACUCGUAGCUUACAAGGAUCAGAAGUCGUAUAAAUCAGUUCCUGAUCAGUUGUACAAAGGUGAAAUGCCGCUUGACUUGAAGGGUGCCAUCAUUGUCAUUGCUAGCGACUACACCAAGAAGAAACAUGUCUUCCGUGUUAAAACGCAAAGCGGAGCCGAUUUCUUAUUCCAGGCCAAAGAUGAUGCCGAGAUGAAUGAUUGGGUCUCGGUGCUGAAUCAGGCGGCUCAGGGCGCCUCCGUAGCCAGUACAUCAAGGGCACAUACACUACCUGCACCUACUCAAGCCGAGACCAAGCGACGCAGCUUUUUUACUCUUAAGAAAAACUAAAUUGGAGUAAAAGAUUGAUGAAAGAAAUAAUUUAGUUGCAUUAUGAGACUACGUGAACAGAAAUCUGCAUAAAAACAUAUUCAUAUAAAAAUAGACAUAAAUAUAUACAUGAAACUUCAAAAACAAAAGAAGAAAAAAUAUUUCGUCGCCCUACUUGGAUAAAGCAACAUUAAUAAUUAAAUGAAGGUGAAAGAUAAAACUGUCCACCUUUGAACGAAGGCGAUAGUAAACGUAAUUUUAUUAGAGAAAAAAUAUUCAUUGAAAUACGAUUUUGUAGGGGUCAUUUUGCGCAAAGUUAUCGCUAAAGUAGAGAAAAUAAAAAUAAAGAUAUAAUGUUUAAAAUAAAAAAAAAAUUAAUAAUAUCCCAAGUUAGUGCGAUUUUCUACUGAGAAAUAAUAUGCCUUCAAACUUCAUCGUAUUCACUUUUAUCUAUCCCUUUAAUAUCGUCGGCGUAUAUAAAAAACAAACAUAAAUAUUAUGUAUUGUAUGUACUACAAUGACUCAUGACGAUGCAUGAACUUUACGCACCAAAAGUACUACAAAGUAGUAGAUUAAGGAUGGAUUGUCUGUUGUAUCACUUUCAAUUUUUUUGACUAACUUAUCAUUAUCAUCAUCAUCAUCAACAUCAU